CUCAGUGUUGGCAAUCACUGCUUGACACAUCAAACACUUGUAGCGCUACGCAAGGAGCCCAACAGUGGCAUGGUAAAGAAGGAUGUUGAGAACAUGGACAAGCAGGAUGACGGGGCGGCCAUUAGAUUGUUCCAUUCUAAUGCAUUACAAGCAUGUUUGACGGGUGAUGUACGUGCAGCAAUGCAAGCAAAAUUCUUCCUUCAACUCUGGCACAAUCAUAUUAUCGACAAAAGCAAACACCCAGUCUAUGGCCAUUUCUUUCCUCUACAUCGCAGCUUUAUCUCCUCCCAAAAUUUCAAGUCACUCGACUCAUGUUGCGAUGUGCUCAUAAAACUUGCACUUGUUUACCGUGAGUACUAUCCCACUGUCCCCUUCCUUCCCUGGCAGCAUGGUUCAUUGCCUUUAGAGAAAAUCUUUGGCAUUGCAUGUGAAUUUCUCACCAACUUCAGCUACGUCGAAUUCCUUGGCAUCCUGCGUCAUAUUGAGCAACGACAAGAGGUUCUCCUUCGGUUGGCACAAUCAGGAGUCCACGAACGUAAGGAGAAAUCGUCUGGUUAUGUCUAUGACACUACGCUGGAGAGGUUAAGUCAUGAAGACCUCAAGAAGUUAACUGAUAUUCCAUCUCGAUUGCAAAUGGAAGACAUUGCAAAUGUAGCUUGGGAGGAUGUAGUGGCUAUUUUCAACGAUGUGAGUAGGAGUGGCAGUGAGGAUGGUGAGGAUGACGACGAUGAUUUGGAGAAUGCUGCACCACUCCGUCUAGCUGCUGUGCAAGCUGAAAGUGACGCUCGUGACUUAUGUGACCCAUCAAUCCCAGAUAGUGUUCAGUACGCAAAAGUCUUGCACCAUAUGUCUUGCAUGUCUGCACUCACAGCUGACCUUGAGGAUGCCGAAGAAGUCGAAGAGCAGAUAUCCUGGAAGCCACAUGCUAUUGUUCCAAGCAUUGUCAACCUUCUUAACCCAGCACCUCCUUCAAACCAACCGAGCGAGCAUGCCAAUGUUACUCCCAUCACAACUCUCAAUCACACACUAGAUGUCACUGCUGUGGUCCGCUUGCGCAAAUCUCAUGACCGAAACUUGGGUAUUCUCUCCAAAAAAUCAUUCGAGCGGAAGGCCAAAUACUCCCACUACGAGCCAAAAAACCUGGCCAGAGUCACAAUGCAGCUC